AAAUUGAAGGGAAAAGAGGAGAGGCCGUAUUUGGGAGAGGAAAAAACCCCCCUUAAAAUAUUGAAAAAGAAAGACCGUGGAAAAGGAAUAUUUCAGGAUUUGAUUUUCUAUCUGCAUUUUCAGGUUGUGGAACAAUGGGUGCAGGUGGCAGAACGUCGGUUCCCCCAUCUCAAAGGAAGCCAGAAUCUGGGUCAGUGAAGAGAGUCCCAAUAUCCAAACCACCCUUCACUCUGGGCGAAAUAAAAAAAGCCAUCCCCCCACACUGUUUCCAGCGCUCACUGUUCCGCUCAUUCUCCUUCCUCAUUUACGACUUCAUCUUGAUCUCUCUCUUCUACUAUGCAGCCACCACUUACAUCCCCUACCUUCCAUUGCCCCUUUCUUUCGUCGCCUGGGCCGUUUAUUGGGCCGUCCAAGGCUCGGUCAUGACGGGUGUCUGGGUCAUCGCCCACGAGUGCGGCCACCACGCUUUCAGCGACUACCAAUGGGUCGAUGACACUGUCGGUCUCAUCCUUCACUCGGCCCUCCUUGUCCCGUAUUUCUCGUGGAAGUACAGCCACCGUCGUCACCAUUCCAACACUGGUUCCCUUGAACGCGACGAGGUGUUCGUCCCGAAGAAACGCAGCUCCAUUGGAUGCUGGGCGAAGUACCUCAACAAUCCAGUAGGCCGAUUCUUCUCCGUCACAAUUCAACUCACCCUCGGCUGGCCUCUUUACUUGAUGUUCAACGUAGCAGGCAGGCCUUAUGACGGAUUCGCGUGCCACUACAAUCCUUACGGCCCCAUCUACAACGACCGCGAACGGCUGCAAAUCUACGUAUCCGACGUCGGUGUCCUCGCCGUCUCCUACGGGCUGUACCGUCUCGUCUUGGCCAAAGGGUUGGCUUGGGUUGUUUGCGUUUAUGGUGUCCCGUUGCUCAUAGUCAACGCCUUCCUCGUCAUGAUAACUUACUUGCAACACACUCAUCCAGCAUUGCCGCACUAUGAUUCGUCGGAAUGGGACUGGUUAAGAGGAGCGCUCACGACCGUCGACCGUGAUUACGGAAUAUUGAACAAGGUCUUCCAUAACAUAACCGACACUCACGUGGCUCACCAUUUGUUUUCGACGAUGCCGCAUUACAACGCUAUGGAGGCGACGAGGGCAAUCAGGCCACUAUUGGGAGAGUACUAUUCGUUCGACGGUACACCGGUUUACAAGGCGAUAUUUAGAGAGGCAAAGGAGUGUCUAUUCGUGGAACCAGACGAAGGGGAGCAGAGCAGCAAGGGUGUAUUUUGGUUUAGGAACAAGUUUUAAAUUAGCGUCGCGGUUGCCCAUGGCGGUUGCGUGUGAAAGGUUUGUGUUAGUUUGUCAUAUUAUCGUCAAGGAUUUUGGCGUUUGCCGUGACUUCAGUUUUAG